AUGCUGCUUCAGUUUUCAGUGUUUAUCGAACCUAGUGGAAAAGAAGGGUUCAAUGCCACAAUAACGAUUCCUGAGUUUGUUCAUGACCAAGAAGAUGAUGAUUAUGUGUUCUCUAUAGACUCCGAAGGUCAUGUCACUGAAAUCAGAAAAUACUUCGUUCCGGUGUUGAAGAACAAGUUAAAGAAUUUUCAAGCAGAUUUGAUAGCUGCCCAUGAAAAAGAAGUACAACACAACACGAACUGA